AUGCGUGCGACUUGGGUCUCGCUCGACGACCCUACGGGGGCUUCCACAUCCUCCUGGAGCGUGCGACGACGAGUGUGCUCCGUGGCGUGGCUCGCCGUGCUUUGCUUCAACCUGUCGCUGGCUUUCUCGAUCGCGACACGGAGCCUGCCCGCCCGCUCGCACACGGUGCUGCCGCCGCGAGGCUCCGUCGUCCUGGUGACUGGCGCCAAGUCGGGGCUCGGCCUGGCCUCGGCGGCCAGCCUGGCGGAGCAGGGGUACACCGUGUGGGCCGGCAUGCGUCCCUCCCACCUCAACCGCUCCAUCCCGGAGCUCGACCACCCAAACAUCGAGCGCAUUUCGCUCGACGUCACCGACGAGGCCGACGUGGCGGCGCUGCAGGCGCGGCUGCAGAACGUCACUCUGGCCGCGCUGGUGAGCAACGCCGGCGUGGCGCACAAGAUUGGCCACGCCGCCUACGUCGACGACGCCCACCGCCUCUUCGACGUCAACGUCUUCGGCGCGAUGCGAGUCUUCUCCGCCUGCCUGCCGGCGCUGGUCCGGAGCGGCGGCCGCCUCGUCCUUAUCACCUCCUUCCUUAGCGUCGUGCCGCUGCCGGGCCUGGCGACGUACACGGCGACCAAGGCGGCGCUGGAGGGCUGGGCCGCGGCCGUCCGCAUGGAGAACAUCGUCCCCGUGAGCACCGUCAUCGACGGCUUCAUCCGGACGCCAAUCUCGGACACGGACAGUCACUACCACAAGCCUGGGUGGCCGUACAAGCGGUCGGUCGGGCCGGGCGGGCUGCAGCAGACGUGGAUGGACGCCUUCGACACGCAGCUCGACGAGCACACCGGCGCAGUCGCCCGCGCCAUCGCCGACCGGUACCCGCGCCACCGCUACGUGGUCGGCUGGGACGCCACGCUGACGAUGGCGGCGGUGUGGUUCUUCCCGGGCUGGCUGGUCCACCUGUUCAUCAACGGGCUCUACGACUGGUUCGGGUAG